AGAACGGCCUCAGUCUCACUCCUACCAGUCGGUGGAAGAGGAACUCCCACAGGCUCCCGUUGGCCCCUUCCUCCAGUCCCCUCCUCGGAGCGGCCCCGGACUUGGAGAUGGAUUACAGAACUCCCAGCAGGCUCCCCGUGGAUCUGCCCUAUUACCACGGCCCUCUGUCCAAGAGAGACUGUGAGACCCUGCUGCUGGAGGACGGGAUAGACGGCAACUUCCUGAUAAGGGACAGCGAGUCCAUGCCUGGAGUUCUGUGCCUCUGUGUCUCGUUUAAAAAUUUCGUCUACACAUACCGAAUCUUCAAAGAGAGACAUGGGUUUUACAAUAUACAGACCGUAGAAGGUGCUCCCAAACAGAUCUUCUCAAACCUAAAGGAAUUGAUCUCCACAUUUGAGAAACCAAAUCAAGGGCUGGUGGUUCACCUUGUACAUCCGAUAAAGCAAGCCAGCUUCUGCCCGAGAUGGAGACGAUCACAGAUAAAGCUGGAUGGUGUUUAUGAGAACAGUAACAGCGACUAUGUGGAGGUCUUGCCUUGAAGACAAGGAGACUGAACAAAGCGAUUAGAGAAGAGAUGGGGUGACAGCUCUCACUGGCAACCCUGCUUCUCCUGCAGGUGUGGUUCUGGAAGACUGAACUCUAGGGGACAAUUCCGACUCUCCUGGUCUGGGUGACUGAAGACAUUCUGUCCACCAGCCUCAGAGAAAUUGUUCCCCGAAUCCCUGCCUCCCAUGCAUACACCAUGAACAGCUUUGAAACUCCUUUGCCCCCUCUCACUCUUCUUGCUUGGAAUAGGACAGCCUGAGCCUAUUCUCCAUGGUUGACGCCCUCCUGCAGACCAGCGAUCGGAGGCACAGCUUCAUACAGAAGAGAGCACACUUGGCCAUGAGUUAGGAGCCCGAGUUCCCGUCCUGUGGCUAUGUGACUUUGGAGAAACCUCUUGCCCUGUCUGGGGUCUCCACUUCUUCAUCUGGAAAACAAACACAUGUUCCUGCCUCUCUGCUGAGCCGGGAUGUGUCGGGUGGAGUGGAGGAGUCCUGGGGUCAUGGGGCUGUACAUGGGAGUGGCAAGAGGUCUGAGUCCUAGCCUCCCAAACAGCCAACAUGGUCUCUGCACCUGCCUGUCCUGGUGUUGGUCAUGGCAGGGCCCUGACCUCCCACCUGUCCUUCGCCCCAGCAUUCUAGCUCUUCUCCUUCUUACUGAUCUUGAUUUUCCUGCCAGACACAUCCACGGAGACACUUACUCAGUGGUUUUGCCCAAUUUCAUAUAUGCACCAACCACUUCAGCAGCAUGGAUAUAGUUCUGUACCGCAGUGAUAUCUGUGGGCAUCUUAAAGAUAUUCUCCUUUGUGUGGUUCCUUUUCCCAUCUAGAUAUUAAGUGCCACCGAAGCAUGGUUGGGUUCCCUCAUAUCCCCCGGUGUGGAAACGUGUGCUGCAUAGAGCUGUGCCCAUUCACAGGAUUUUGACUGGAAACACAUUCCCGAAGGAUUUGUUGAAUUUGUUCUAAGUCCUUUGCAUUUUUCUGCUAGUUAAACAUUUUAAUUAAGACCUGAUUAGUGUGGAAUGUUCCAAAUUCUAUGCCCAUUCUUUUACCUAUCUUCAAACCAUAGUGAUUCAUUUUACCCUCCUGGACUUAUCUUCCAAAGUUAUUAAAGAGAGGAACUCUAGAUUUCCAGACAACAUGAACAGACGUUGUGGUUGGAGUCCCAAAGUGUGAGCCAUUUUGAGUUCUUGGGUCACUACUACCAAGUCGGUAAGAAGUGAAAUGCAGCCACCAGAUUCAGAGAGCUGAGGGAGCUAAAGCCUUCUGGUUGGUUCAGUAAGGGAGACCGGAAGCAAGCCUGCUCCCUGGGGUUGGGUCCCUGGUCUUUGCUUCUAUACCCAUGGUACAAAGAAGCAUGGUCCAGUUUCCAGAGUCCACAGCAACCUUUGGUACAGGAAAUAUAUUCAGUGCCAGUGAAAAUAUAUUUAUUUCUUGGACAGAUGACUGGAUAAAUCAAUAUAUAAAAUGUAGUCUCUCAUUCCAGAUAGCAGAGAUUUAUUUGAGCUUUAGACAUUUCAAAAUCCAGUAGAACAAGACUAUGAGUUCAAGACCUUUCAAUCGUAACUCUGAUAAAAGUGACUUCCUUUUUCUGAGCACCCAUGCAUAGCCCCUUACACGAUGCUUGGUCCCCAGUGGGAUUUCAGCACACUUCUCAAAACGAGCAAGCCACAUUUAAUAGCUGAUGUUGAUGUCAUGCUAUGAAUCACUGAAGUUUUUUAGAAGACUCUGAACAGGUCAUGGGAAGAACAGCUAAAAGAUCUGGGCAUGUGGGACUGGAAGAGGGAAGAUGUAACAAACUACAACAGCAGGUGUAUCAAGUAUCUGGGGUGCUCUUCUGUGAUGGAGGGUACAAUGCCAGACCGCAGAACUCACACCAGUGGCUGGGUGUUUAUAGGAAGUUUUAGCCAUACAUCAGGAAGAACUCUGAACCCACGAGAGCGAUCUUUACACGAACAGCUUGCCCUGUGUUGUAGUUUAAGUGGAGGGUGAUAUGGGAGAGAUGCAGAAAUUAGACUGCCUGCCUGCUAAGGUACCUUCCAAUUUAGGGACCAUUGGAUCCUACCGCCAUCUUUUCACAAUUCCAGUGGGAAUCUCUCCCACUCUCUUUCUUUUGGACUUAAGUAUGGAGAGUUGAGAUUAUUCCUUAGUUCUUAACUCAUUAUCACCAUUAAUCCAUACAAGACCUUUCUUCGGUUUUAUUUCAUCUUUAUUCCCCUUGUCCCUAAUUCUCAUUCCAAUGUUCAUAUCGUCCCCCAUAGGAAGCAGCUCACUAGUAUUUGGUAUAUGCCCUUGACAUGUAUGCACCCUUGUAGAAUGUACAGCAUUGGUUGUGAAUAUAUUAUCUUUUAUAUUUACGUACACAAUAUUCUAUUCUUCCAAUUAUGUUAUUACUUUUUUCGCUCAAUACCCAGUUUGGUUCUAAUCUAUAUUGUUGAAUGUAAUUCAGUAUCUUAAUGAUGCACAGUAUUCCGUAGUGUCCUUCCACCACAGUUUGCUUAUCCUUUCCUAAAGAGAUAGACAUCUAGGUUGGUUCCAGAAACAACACUACGAAGAGCAAAUUUGAAUGAAUCUCCCUAUGGAAAUGUAAGAGAAUUUCUCUGAGCCAUAGGGUCAUAAAGUAUGUUCAUGUUUAAUGAUGACAGUCAAACCCAUCAAGUGCUUUUUGACUCUUGUUUAAUAAGCCCUUCCCCACUCCAAGAUCAUGAAAAAGUCUCCUACAUUUUCUCUGCCUGGUUUUUGUACAUUUACUCCCUGCAGUUAAGGUUCCAGUGACGGCAAGGAUUUUUGCAUUUUUCACGGACACAUUCCCAGUAUCUGGAAAAGCCCUUCACAUAUAGUUGCUGUUCAAUAAAUAUUUCUUGAAUGAA